UCCGUAUAGCCACAUUGCGAGUUGUCUUACUUCCGGCGUGACAAGCAUGUCAGAGUUGAGCUUUAUCAAAGAGCUUUGGUAUGGGGUUGAUUGGACAGAGCCUUGGCUGUUGUGCUUACUCGGAUUUCAUGUAUGCACUUUUUUAGCAAUUAUUUUACUCCGAAGACAUAUCUACGGCCAAGCUUCUAUACUAGCAAUUCUCGGUGUUCUGUGUGUAGCAACAGAAUCUGUAAACGAAUUUGCUGCUAAGAAUCACCAGAAGUUCGCCCGACAACAAUAUUUCGACUCUGAAGGACUUUUCAUCAUCACUGUGUAUGCAGUACCCUUACUCUUCAACUGUUCCAUCAUAAUAGUGUGCUGGUUGUACAAUGUUUGGGAUACAAUGAUCAAAGUUGGGGUUAUGAAAGCUCGGAGAAAAGCCAAGCAGAGUGAUGAUAGGGACAAGCAAAAAAAAAUAAAAUGAUUGAAAUGUGCAGAAUAUAAAAUAAUAUGAACAAGAAUGAAUAAUGGUGAUCGAUCAUCAUGUAUGUUCUGAUAUAUCAAAAAUUCCUUUGGUGAAUUUCUUGGCUGUCAUAUUAAUGUUAAAGUUGUGAAUUUCUCUCACA